UAAGGCGGGUCCCCCUCCUCCUUUCUCCCCACCCACUUUCCGUCUCCCCCAACCAGGGAGGGCGCUUGUCUGUUGGGGAGGGGCCAGCUCCAGGAUCACUAGUUCCCUGGAAAUGUGACGAGGGGAUCUGUGGCUGCCCUUCCAGACCAGGUCUUGGCCACUCUGCCGAAUUGGCCUUUGCUAUGGAGCCAAGUGAUGAUGUUGCAGUUCCUGGGCAGCCUGUAGUGCUGGGCUGCAGGGUGGAGGGGACCCCUCCAGUGAGAAUCACCUGGAGAAAGAAUGGAGUGGAGCUGCUGGAGAGUACCCACGCCACCUUGCUGGCGAAUGGGUCCCUGAUGCUCCCUCACUUCCAGCUGGAUCAGGGAGGGAGCCCCUCAGAUGAGGGUGACUAUGAGUGUGUGGCUCAGAACCGCUUUGGACUCGUGGUCAGCCGGAAGGCUCGAAUCCAGGCUGCAACCAUGUCGGACUUCCACGUGCAUCCCCAGGCCACCGUGGGAGAGGAGGGUGGUGUGGCCCGCUUCCAGUGCCAAAUCCAUGGGCUUCCCAAACCCUUGAUCACGUGGGAGAAGAACAGAGUCCCCAUUGACACGGACAACGAGAGGUACACAUUGCUGCCCAAGGGGGUCCUGCAGAUCACAGGACUUCGGGCUGAGGACAGCGGUGUCUUCCACUGUGUGGCCUCAAAUAUUGCCAGUGUCCGGGUCAGCCACGGGGCCAGGCUCACCGUGUCAGGCUCGGGCUCUGGGGCCUACAAGGAGCCAGUGAUUCUCGUGGGGCCUGAGAACCUCACCCUGACAGUGCACCAGACCGCUGUGCUUGAGUGUGUCGCCACGGGCAACCCGCGCCCCAUUGUGUCCUGGAGCCGCCUGGAUGGCCGCCCCAUUGGGGUGGAGGGCAUCCAGGUGCUGGGCACUGGAAAUCUUAUCAUCUCCGAUGUGACGGUCCAGCACUCCGGCGUCUAUGUCUGCGCGGCCAACAGGCCCGGCACCCGGGUGAGGAGAACAGCGCAGGGCCGGCUGGUGGUACAAGCCCCAGCAGAGUUUGUCCAGCACCCCCAGUCCAUCUCCAGGCCAGCUGGGACAACAGCCAUGUUCACCUGCCAAGCCCAGGGUGAGCCGCCCCCUCAUGUCACAUGGUUGAAGAACGGACAGGUGCUGGGGCCGGGAGGCCACGUCAGGCUCAAGAACAACAACAGCACUCUGACAAUUUCUGGAAUUGGCCCUGAGGACGAGGCCAUCUACCAGUGUGUGGCCGAGAACAGUGCUGGCUCCUCCCAGGCCAGUGCCAGGCUGACCGUGCUGUGGGCUGAGGGGCUGCCUGGCCCCCCCCUCAAUGUACAGGCGGUCUCCGUGUCAUCCACUGAGGUCCGCGUGUCCUGGAAUGAACCCCUGGUCAACACCAAGGAGAUUAUUGGCUAUGUCCUGCACAUCAGGAAGGCUGCUGACCCUCCGGAGCUGGAGUACCAGGAGGCAGUCAGCAAGAGCACCUUUCAGCACCUGGUGAGCGACCUUGAGCCCUCCACUGCCUACAGCUUCUACAUCAAGGCCUACACGCCGAGGGGGGCCAGCUCCGCCUCUGCCCCUGUGCUGACCAGCACCCUGGGCGAAGCCCCCGCCCCUCCCCCGCUGUCGGUGCGGGUCGUGGGCAGCUCGUCCCUGCAGCUGCUGUGGGAGCCGUGGCCCCGGCUGGCCCAGCACGAGGGAGGCUUCAAGCUGUUCUACCGCCCAGCGAGCAGAGCCUCCUUCACCGGCCCCAUCCUGCUGCCUGCAACCACCUCCUCCUACAACCUCAGCCAGCUUGACCCCACUACAGUGUAUGAGGUGAAGUUGCUUGCCUACAACCAGCACGGGGAGGGCAAUGCCACAGUCCGCUUCGUGUCCUUGAGGGGAGCCUCUGAGAGGACAGCCCUGAGCCCACCGUGCGACUGCCGGAAGGAGGAGCCCAGUAACCAGACGUCCACCACAGGCAUCGUCAUCGGCAUCCACAUCGGGGUCACCUGCAUCAUCUUCUGUGUCCUCUUCCUCCUGUUCGGCCAAAGGGGCAGGGUCCUCUUGUGUAAGGAUGUAGAAAACCAGCUCUCCCCUCCUCAGGGCCCCCGGAGCCCAAGGGAUCCUAGCAUCCUGGCACUGAAUGGGGCGGGCCAGGGAGAGCAGGGCCAGCUGGGCCGAGAUAAGAAGCGUGUGGACUUGAAAGAACUGGAACAGCUGUUCCCCCCAACUGGGGCAGCAGGGCGGCCAGACUCCAGACCUGGCCCCAGACCCAUGGAUCCCGGGGACCCUGCCCUGUGUGAGGAGACCCAGUUCUCUGUGCUGCCACUUGAGGGAUUCAGCCUUCUGGAGGAGAUGGUGUCAGAAGCCAAGGACCCCAGCGCAGGCCCUGCAGCCUCCCUGCCACCCCAGGACGUAGGCCAUGGCCGCCUCGGUGAAGGACAGGCUACCCGGCCUCCCCUGGCACCAGCUGCCCAGCCAGCUCGCUCGGGACAGUAGCCAGUGUCUGGCAGGCUCUGGAGGGGGCAACCCCCCAUUCUCAGGUCAAAGGCAAGAUUUCUCCUGUCAUGUGGGACUCGGAUGGGGCUUCCCAGCAUUUCUGUCCUGACACCCUUAGGGGGUCAAGACCUAAAAGUAGCCUCAGCAGGGAUUCCCCGCCCCAGGACCUGGAGGGGUUCCUGCAGGAACCUCUCCCUUGGACUAAUGUCCCCGCUCACCUCUGCCUCAUAUCCACAUGACAUGGAACUGAACUAAUGUUUUCCUUUAAAGAAAAGCAAGAAAGAUGAAUUAGACUCCAAAAACACGCCCUUGCCGUGGCUGGGCCCCUGACACUGUCACCCUCCACCGACCUUGUUUUCUCAGGAUGGAUUUUUGCUAUUUGGCUUUCAGUACCUACCUCAGCCGGAAUGAAUGUUCUUGAGGGAGCUGGGCUGUGGCCUCAGCACCCCCACCCCACAAAGCCCCAAAUGCAUUCCUACCUCAAGCCCCUAUAGGGGCAUCCCCUCUCUUUCCCCAGAUUAUUAUCCAGAAUUGAAAAAAAAAAAAAAGAAAAAGAAAAAAAAAAAAGCACUUCCCCAUUUCCAGGUGUGAAAGAAAACAUCUACCUCAAGGCUCGCCAGCUCUCCGGGCCUGUGUUGUAUCACUGGACCCUCCUCCUGGCUCCUCUUCCUGCCCGAGACCUUCUACCCCUCCCCGAGAGAGGAGGCCAGAGGCUAAGUCACCAAUGGUGGGCCUCUCAGGACCUACAGAAAUAAAGAUGGAAUUAGUCAAAGAAAAUGUGAAAAAAAAAAAAAAAAAGCCAAAAAUGAGAGGAAAUGUGUUCCUUGACGUCUGUCGCUCCACACACCAUCCAGCAGGCUGCUGCCACCGCUUUGCCCUGUCUCCUCUGCCCGCUCCGGUUUCGACCUUCUCAGCCAACUGAUCUUGACUGGGAUCCCCACAGCCGGCUCCCUGCCUGGGCCUUCCGAGGGUGGGGUGUUGCCCUGAAGCCUGCCUCCUAUCCCGUCCGGCCCCAGAGCCCUUGGAGCAGACUGUCCUCUGGAAUGUUCUGUGUGUGUGACCGCUGUGUGUGGGUGUUGGGUCGGGAGGUUCCCUGGCAGACGUGGCCUGGCCCUCUAGCCCAUGGGACACAGCCGGCCUGACCCAACCCCUGGACAGUGGAACGACCACUGUCAGCAGAUGUGGCUGGAAGAUAUUUUUAUACAAGGUGUGUUUAAAGAUUUAUGUUCUUGUGACUUCUUGUUUCUCUUUUCUGUUGUGGUGUUUUUUGAAAUACUUAAGGUAGGAAGGAAAAAAAAAAAGGAAACAAAGACCUAUUUUUGGUUAACUCAUUUUUUUAAAUAGAAGGAAAACUUUUUUUUAAAGGAGAAAAAAAAAAAAUAAGUGUAUUCCUUAAGUCUGAGAUUAGACCAUAAAGUCCCUGAUCCCUAACCCUCUAGGGAACCCUCCUCCCCCAAGUUUAGUUAAUUAGAUGAAGAAGGUAGAAUUUGUGGUGUUUUCCUAGAAGACUGGCAUCAUGUCCGUGUGGAUUCGGAAAGGGCAGUCUUCCCCUUCUCUCAAAUGGUGGGCCUGUGCCAAAGGCCCUCAAAACUCCCACACAGUACCCCCUCUGUCCCUGCAUUGGCCUCUCGGCACCCCCGGCAUCCUGGAAACCCCCUCUCCCAUGGGAAGAGUGGUCUGGGGUUGGAACCGCCUGGCCUGACUUGACCUGACUUUUGUCACACUCGACUCAUUUUGACUGAAUAAAGUC